CCCCGCCCUGGCUGGUGUCUGGCCCUCAGGACAUCCUCUCCAAUCCACCACACACCACCUUACCCCUCUGCUGGCAAGAGGGGACCUGAUUCAUCCUCACGCUAAACACUCAUUCUACCCAACUGAUUGAGACAAAACAGAAGAUAAACUGAAACUUCUCUGCCUUCCCACUGCAAGAGUGAAUGAGCGAUCCCUCUCAACUGACUCAAAAUGUUUGCCUCACCCAGGAGAUGGAGCUCGCGAAGGCCUUCUCUGGCCAGCGGACACUCCUAUCUGCCAUCCUCAGCAUGCUAUCACUCAGCUUCUCCACAACAUCCCUGCUCAGCAACUACUGGUUUGUGGGCACACAGAAGGUGCCCAAGCCCCUGUGCGAGAAAGGUCUGGCAGCCAAGUGCUUUGACAUGCCACUGUCCCUGGAUGGAGAUACCAACACAUCCACCCAGGAGGUGGUACUAUACAACUGGGAGACUGGGGAUGACCGGUUCUCCUUCCGGAGCUUCCGGAGUGGCAUGUGGCUAUCCUGUGAGGAAACUGUGGAAGAACCAGCACUGCUCCAUCCCCAGUCCUGGAAACAAUUUAGAGCCCUUCAGUCCAGUGGUACAGCGGCAGCAAAAGGGGAGAGGUGCCGAAGUUUCAUUGAACUUACACCACCAGCCGAGAGAGGUGAGAAAGGACUACUGGAAUUUGCCACGUUGCAAGGCCCAUGUCACCCCACUCUCCGAUUUGGAGGGAAGCAGUUGAUGGAGAAGGCUUCCCUCCCCUCCCCUCCCUUGGGGCUUUGUGGCAAAAAUCCUAUGGUUAUCCCUGGGAACGCAGAUCACCUACAUCGGACUUCAAUUCAUCAGCUUCCUCCUGCUACUAACGGACUUGCUACUCACUGGGAACCCUGCCUGUGGGCUCAAACUGAGCGCCUUUGCUGCUGUUUCCUCUGUCCUGUCAGGUCUCCUGGGGAUGGUGGCCCACAUGAUGUAUUCACAAGUCUUCCAGGCGACUGCCAACUUGGGUCCGGAAGACUGGAGACCACAUGUUUGGAAUUAUGGCUGGGCCUUCUACAUGGCCUGGCUCUCCUUCACCUGCUGCAUGGCGUCGGCUGUCACCACCUUCAACACGUACACCAGGAUGGUGCUGGAGUUCAAGUGCAAGCAUAGUAAGAGCUUCAAGGAAAACCCGAACUGCCUACCACAUCACCAUCAGUGUUUCCCUCGGCGGCUGUCAAGUGCAGCCCCCACCGCGGGUCCUUUGACCAGCUACCACCAGUAUCAUAAUCAGCCCAUCCACUCUGUCUCUGAGGGAGUCGACUUCUACUCCGAGCUGCGGAACAAGGGAUUUCAACGAGGGGCCAGCCAGGAGCUGAAAGAAGCAGUUAGAUCAUCUGUAGAGGAAGAGCAGUGUUAGGAGUUAAGAGGGUUUGGGGAGUAGGCUUGAGCCCUACCUUACACAUCUGCUGAUUAUCAACAUGUGCUUAAGCCAA